AAAUUAGUGAGGAGAAAAUCAUGUGAAUCAGACAUUUCCAUUGUCGCAUUGAUCACUAAAAUCCAAUCCACGGAGCCCAUCGAAUUUCCCUAUCAAUUAUCAAGCCACCCUUUUUGGAGAUAGAAAAUAAUACUAAUUAUCUGUUUUUAGCGUUUCAUAGAAACAGAAUUAUGAUAUCUUAGCUACUCUUCUUUUUCUUUUUUUUUCCCCUUACGAUUAAGCUAGCUUAACCCUAGCUUUUCUGUUAAUUUUAAUUUGUUUUUUUGGCCUAAAACCAAGAUGGGAUUCUAGAUCUUUUUCUUUUUAUUUCCUUUUGAUUUGUUUUAAUUCUAUUACGUGAUCGAAAAUUAUGAUGUAUAUGAAUUGUUGGAGCGGUUGAUUUGGUGUUCAGUGUCUCAAAAUGAUUUCCUCGUUUUUUUAUUUGUUUUAAAUUUGUGGGAGUUUUCUGAAUUAGGGUUUCAGGUUAUAGUUAGGGCUUCAAUUAUUUUUCUUCCUUUUUUUACUUCUUUUAAGUUGAAUUGAUGGAGCCUCGUGUCGGUAAUAAGUUUCGACUUGGUCGUAAGAUCGGUAGCGGCUCUUUUGGAGAGAUCUAUUUGGGAACGAACAUUCAGACAAACGAAGAGGUUGCCAUUAAGCUUGAAAAUGUGAAGACAAAGCAUCCUCAGUUGUUAUAUGAAUCAAAGUUAUACAGGAUCCUGCAGGGAGGAACUGGGAUUCCAAAUGUUAGAUGGUUUGGAGUUGAGGGAGACUAUAAUGUUAUGGUUAUGGAUUUACUUGGACCUAGUCUUGAAGAUCUAUUUAAUUUCUGCAGUAGGAAACUCUCAUUGAAGUCAGUUCUCAUGCUUGCUGAUCAAAUGAUCAAUCGUGUCGAAUUUGUUCAUUCAAAAUCAUUUCUACAUCGGGAUAUCAAGCCAGACAAUUUUAUUAUGGGCUUGGGAAGGCGUGCAAAUCAGGUCUAUAUGAUCGACUUUGGUCUUGCUAAGAAAUAUAGAGACAGUUCACAUCAACACAUUCCUUACAGGGAGAAUAAGAAUCUGACUGGAACUGCAAGAUAUGCAAGCAUGAACACACACUUGGGCAUCGAGCAAAGCCGUAGGGAUGAUUUGGAGUCUCUUGGAUACGUGCUUAUGUACUUCCUAAGAGGAAGUCUUCCUUGGCAAGGUCUGAAAGCUGGAACAAAGAAACAGAAGUAUGAGAAAAUUAGUGAGAAGAAGGUUUCUACUUCAAUUGAGGCCUUAUGUCGAGGUUAUCCAACAGAAUUUGCAUCAUACUUCCAUUAUUGCCGUUCACUAAGAUUUGAUGAUAAGCCAGACUAUUCUUAUCUCAAAAGAAUCUUUCGUGAUCUCUUUAUUCGUGAAGGCUUCCAGUUCGAUUAUGUCUUUGAUUGGACCAUUUUGAAGUAUCAGCAAUCACAGCUGACCACUCCGCCAGCUCGAGCCCUUGGCCCCGGUGCUGGAACAAGUGCUGCCAUGCCCCCUGCUUUUGCCAAUGCUGACCGACAAGCAGCCGGUGAUAACCUGCGAGCAGCUGGUUUGUCAUCUAUGAAUUCAUCUCGGCGGAAAACUUCAGGACCCUUGAAUUCCGGAAGUCACGCAAAGCAGAAAGGUCCAGUUGCAAAUGAUCCUGCAAUUACUAAAGACACUAUGUAUAUGGGGCAAUCCGGUGGAUCCUCUUCAAGGCACAUUGCUGGUAGCCGUGAAGCUUUUGCUGGUAGCGAGGCCGACCCCCAACGUUCUCGUACAACCGAUGCUAGCCAUGGAGGUUUGCACAGAAACUCAAGCCGACAAAGCCCUGUUGAAUCUUCUGAACCUAAGCGGGCCUCGUCCAUGAGAAACACCUCUCAUGCCAAGAACUACGAAGCUGCCCUCAAAGGUAUGGAGGGCCUGCAGUUUGAAAGCGACGAGAGAAUCCAUUAUUAAACUGUUUUUGAACCCGGAAACGGAGUAGGUAUCCUUGGGGGAGUUGAGUUUUCAAGAAACUUGUGACUUGGAUCUCCUGAUUUGGUUGGACAUGGUGGCACCCAAAGCAUUAAAAUUUCUCCAUUGAUGAAAAAAAAGGGCCUGUGAAGAAGGGUAGAAGAGUUGUAUGGCUUAUUUUCCAAACUCGCUGUUUUCUUUUUCAUCUUUUAUAAGAUUAUGGUUUUCCCGGUCAUCUGGUACACUUUUCUUGACGUUUUGAAACUUUUUAUGGCAUUGUAAAUUGCUUUACUUACUGUAUUCGUGUCACUUUGUUCAUACUUUCCUUUUUUCUUUUUCAUUUUUAGGAAAUUUAUAUUCUUUUGUUUCACUUUCCCUUAAACAGUGUGAGCUAUUUUAUAGUAUCUAUUUUUAACUAAUAAAUUGUUGAGCUUAAGCUCCAACUUCUAGGA